UCGUGAAUAGCGAGCGAACUCCGGCGCGGAUUGGUCGUGCCGCGUGCGUGACUCCUCAGUUUGUUUAUCGAAAAUUUCGCGAGUUGAGUUUCGGGCCCGUGAUUUUGUGUUCCUCAUGUGGAUCCUGUGACUUUUCCCGUUUUCUCUCCAGGAUUUUUGCUCUUUCGGUAAGUGGCUUUGCGAAGCGGUGUGGAAUUUGUGUAUAUCGUGGGGUGUUGCACCGGAUCAACCCUCUGUUUAAGUUGUGUCUCGAGUUUCAGUGGUGGAUUACUUCGACAGGAAUUUCAGGAUUGGAUCCGUUUCGUGCUUUCGGAUAGUUGCUGUGAUCGCACUGGAUACCCACUCCGCAUUGUAAGCUUUAAACAUGGCACGACCCAGCGGCAAAUCAUUUCAUCUCCGCUGGAACAACCACCUUUCAAAUCUGCAGACACUCUUCGAAUCACUCUACAACGAACAACACUUGGUUGAUGUAACGAUAUCAUGCGCCGACGGUUUCCUGAAGGCCCACAAACUGGUUCUCUCAGCAUGCAGUCCUUACUUCGAGACCAUCUUCAAAGAAACUCCAUGCAAACAUCCCGUCAUCAUCUUGAAAGGGAUCUUGCGCCAGGAGAUGCAGGCAAUUUUGGAGUACAUGUACGCAGGAGCGAUAGAUGUCCACGAAGACGAUCUACCCUGCCUUCUGCAAGUGGCCAAUGACCUGCAGGUCAAAGGGUUGGUUCAGAAGGGUGCAGAACCAGGGAAAGCGUCUCCGAGAAAGGAGGUGGAAAUUGAACCAGCACCAAAGAGCAUACCCCAAGAUGAUUCUGCCUCUGAGAGUGAAUCCCCUGACUCCAUGGUCAAAUGUGAGCCCAUGGAUUUGCACGAGAAUGAUGAAAAUAUUGAACAAAAUAACGAAACCAGGAAUGGGAAUGGAAAUUGUCUCUCACAUUCUAAUGACUCAAAUGACAGCAGUAGCAAAGAUGAAGUUCAAGCCAGCAAUAUUAUAAACGGAUUCAUGGAGCAUUUGAGUGAGAAACGUAUCGUCCCAGAGGGCUUAGAAAUCUCCAAAGUAAAACUUGAUGACGUGGGAACAGAUUUAUCGAAUAUUCCUGAACAUGUACAAAAAGACUUUCUGACACUGUAUGAUUUCAAAAACAUGUACGAGAAUGGUAGUCCUGCCAACCAAUUAAUGAAUAGGAGUAUGAUACCUGACAAAGAUCUCUUCUGUACAAUUUGUAGGAGGUACUUCAUGAACAAGCAAAAUAUGAAGCGUCACUUACUAACGCAUAGCGGAGAAAAGCAACAUCAGUGUACAUAUUGUAGUGCUAAGUUCCUAAGGCUAUCACAUCUGCAGCGACACCAAAGAACCCACACUGGAGAGAAACCCUAUGCCUGCAAUCAGUGUGCAAAAACAUUCUCCAGGUCGGACAAGCUCAAAUACCAUGUGGAACAGCAACAUUCUUAUGGAGCUAAACCUUACCCUCCAAAGCAAAGAGGCAGGCCCAGAAAGGACCCCAAUUUAGGAUCUCUACACGGCACACUAUCUCUACAAAAUCUGUACAACUUAGGUGCCAGUUUCCUGCAAACUAGUGGCGGGGGAAUCGCGCCUCAAGCGCCUCAACAGUUAUCCAACGAUCAACAAUACGAUGUUACAAUCAGUGCUUUAGGAGCAUCGAGUCAACCUUCACCUCCUAAUGGUAUCAUUGAAGCAGAUUAGAGUCCAGAGAGGGGAAUUCUUCAUGUCAAGACUGAUUUUCUAAUUAAGUGUUUCAGCUAUUAGGUAAUUUAUGACAAUUCAAAUAUUUUUAAGUUCCUCUCAGCAUCAUGGACAUUUUGAACCAAACUCAAUCUCCCCUUUUCUUUUUCAGAAAAUGACUCCAUUGAAAUUCCUCAUCCUUUGGUUUCAUUGAAGAUUAAAACAAUAUUUUUUUUUGUGUGUGUAUUCUGGACUUUGAGGAAGACAAAAGUUCUAAGGUUUCUCUUUGAAAUAGUUAAAUGUUGAACUGAUUGGUUCUUAUUUUCUCUGAAAAAAUAUCAGUUAGUACCCCCUUCUCUCUCCGCCUUAAUGAAAAAAUUCCAAGCCUCACUUUAAUAAAUGCGAGGUUUACCAAUUAAAUUCCGCCUGAAUACUAAAAAUACCUACGACAUGACAGCCGAAUCAACUAUUUUCAGCAAUGUAGAAUAGAUGCAUGUUCAGGGUACACACACACAGUUUGUCCUUUUUUUUCUAAGAAAAAAAAAUUGGAAUAUCUUAUUGUUCAAUCAUUUUUGUCCGACUUGUUUCAUACAAACAAAUUAUCAUUAUUUCUUUAUUUAUUAAUUUAACUGAUUUUGAAAAUCAACUAAAAUUUCAGAGAAUAAUUCUAACAGGGUUGCAAGUUGAAAUUUUCAUGAGUUGGGGAGGGCUGAGGCUAAAUUUAAGAACUCUACUGUGUAAGGAGAAAGUUGUUUUGCUGAGUUUAUACCAUUGUUUUCACACCAUUUUUAAGCCAUUUGUAGGCAGAAUAGAUAAUUACCGUAACUCUAGUUGCUAGAAAAUGUAUUUUUCUUAAAGAAUUUUCAACUCAAAGUCACAAAUGUAUUGUUUAAGGGUAGUUAAGUGUUACCUUUAAUUUUAUUUCUGAAAGUAGAUAUUGAUGGCUGAAGUUGAAAAAUUUAUAUCACGGAUAAUUUAAUUUUUUCAAAAAGGAAGUGAUCAAAAUACAUCCUUGAAAUUUUGUGGAAAUAUUUUUGAAAUAGUGCAGGAAGUUCUUAGAAAAUUUCUAGACAAACUGCUGAUUAAUUUUUUUUAGAAAAAAAUAAAAUAUGAGAUUCACAACAUUGCAAUAAGAGAAACCCAUUUUUCAACUUCAGUCAUCGACAUUCAUGUAAUCUCAUUAAGGCUUGAGAAUCAUGCGAUGUUGAGGUUUUUCCAUUGAGAACCAAUUGGCUGUCUUUGCCCUCCUCUAAAAUCAGUGACGACCAUUAUUCAUUUGUAGCCAAGAUACGUGUAAGCAUUUCUUUGCACAAAAAAUAUGUAUGCUUAUUGCACAGGCAGACAGUAUUUUGCUAUGUGGAACUAUUUUUUUAUAAAGUUUCAAAAUUUCCUCUUGUGUUUCUUUAUUCAACAAAAGAACAACCAAAUCUAUUUGAUAUCCGAGAUAAAUAUUUUUCUUGCAAAAAACAAAUGUACUGAAAGUUUCGAGUUAAUAUUCAGCGAUAGGCUUUUUGUUAUAAAAAUGAAACAAAGAAAACAUUUAUGAAAUAUUCCAUGAAAUGGUUCCCUGUAGCUAAAUGCUGCUCCGUUUUCAGUGGAAGUUAUCGACAACGUAUAAAAAACAAUUCCGCAUCUAUGUAGUAAGCAAACAUAUUGGUGAGGGAAUGAAUUUGCUUUCCUAUCUUGGCUCUAAUAAUUUUGCACCAAGAGAUUUCAAGGCCUGUAACAAGAACCCCUUCAGCACCUACUCAGUAAAGGACUAUCCAGAGCUGAUGGUUUAAUUUUGUGUAAUUUGAGGUUGAGUGCGUGGAACAGACUAUUCGAACAGUCUUACUUUACCGUUCCCUCAUAAAAUAACUUGUCAGCUUGAUUAUGUGACAUGGUGCUCAGAUAGCUAAAAUAUCUGAAAGACCAGACAAAAUCGGGAGGGAAUUUCAACCCAUAAAAUAUACGAAAAGCUUCAAGAAGUUUCAUUAGAUCAUAAGAAUUUAUCUGCCUUUUCAAUUUUUCAUUAUCUUCUGAGUUUUUUCAUCAAUGGAAUAAGAAUUUCAAAAUUUAACUUUCGAGAGAAAACAGAGCUUUUAAAGAAAAAUGAAUGGCAAGAAUUUCGCUCUUUUUCUUUUUGUAUUGUCAAUAGGAGAAAUUAGGGAAUUUUUGUCAUACUCGCAGGCAAAAAUCUGAAACAUCUGGGAAUUUUUCAGGGGAUUUCUUCACCCUGUAUUUGCUGACUUGUAACUGCCUCUGGGAUGUUGAAACAGGUUCUGAAAUCUCUUGUUCUAUCUGUACCUUAAAGUCAAAGAAUCAUAAUCAUAUUUUAAUUGAUUUGAAACAGAAUAAAUGUACCUUUUACCAGAAGUGAACCAGCACUAAUGUCUGGGAGAGGGUCCCUUCAUUGCAAAUGGUCGGCAGAAUUUCACAUUAGUUUCUAGAUAGAGCUUGUGCCCAACAAAAUUAAGGAUUUUUGUGUAUUAAUUUUUGAUUAAGAAAAUUGAAUUUUGUAGGAAAAUUACCAUUUGUUUA